UCCGUGCCCAUCUUCCUCUACUUUAAAUGGGACACCGCCGCAGCAUGGCUUGACAAGCGGUGCGUCAGUCCACACCCCGGGAUCCAAACCCCCCCCCCGAAGAGAAGCCUGCGAACUUAGCCCCUAUGCCACCAGGCCAGCCUCAAAGACAGACAGAUCUUUUUUGCUCACUGAUACAGUGCAUACUCAAGAAGUUGGUUACCUCCGAGAUGGGCUGUAGCUCUUUUGCACAGAUUGCCAAUUACUGCUGAUGGGUCUCUGGUGAAUUACACAAUGGUCCUCAGAGCCUAGAGGCCCGCCCCCUCCCCCCCCAAGGCUUCCUUCUCCCCGCACCCCCAUCCCACCUCAUGCUGAUUUUUUUUCAUGUAUGUAUAUAUAUUUUUUUGCCUGUCCUCUUCGGGGAAGUUUGUAUGGAGCUUCUAGCUCACAUGCGAGAUCAGAAUGAUGUGAAUGACAGCCGCACUGUGUCAUGAAGGUGGUGUCGGUUUCAGCCCAAGAGACCAAAUAAGAAGAAAGCUGAGAAAGGGGGGAAACGUUUUUGGAUGACAAAGGAUGGGUUUCCGUUUAAUUACGCAGCUGAGAGGCAUGCGUGUGGUGCUAGUGCUACUUCCUACACUGCUGCUUGUUAUGCUCGCAGGGGCUCAGAGAGCUUGCCCAAAGAACUGCAGAUGUGAUGGCAAAAUUGUGUACUGUGAGUCUCAUGCUUUUGCAGAUAUCCCCGAGAACAUUUCUGGAGGGUCACAAGGCUUAUCAUUAAGGUUCAACAGCAUUCAGAAACUCAAAUCCAAUCAGUUUGCCGGCCUUAACCAGCUUAUAUGGCUUUAUCUUGACCAUAAUUACAUUAGCUCAGUGGAUGAAGAUGCAUUUCAAGGGAUCCGUAGACUGAAAGAAUUAAUUUUAAGCUCCAACAAAAUUACCUAUCUGCACAAUAAAACAUUUCACCCAGUUCCCAAUCUCCGUAAUCUGGACCUCUCCUACAAUAAGCUUCAGACGUUGCAAUCAGAACAAUUUAAAGGCCUUCGGAAACUCAUCAUUUUGCACUUGAGAUCUAACUCACUGAAGACUGUGCCCAUAAGGGUUUUUCAAGACUGUCGAAAUCUUGACUUUCUGGAUUUGGGUUACAAUCGUCUUCGAAGCUUGUCCCGAAAUGCUUUUGCUGGCCUCUUGAAGUUAAAGGAGCUCCACUUGGAGCACAAUCAGUUUUCCAAGAUCAACUUUGCUCAUUUUCCACGUCUCUUCAACCUCCGCUCAAUUUACUUACAGUGGAACAGGAUUCGCUCCAUCAGCCAAGGCUUGACAUGGACUUGGAGUUCCUUACACAACUUGGAUUUAUCAGGGAAUGACAUCCAAGGAAUUGAGCCGGGCACGUUUAAAUGUCUGCCGAAUUUGCAGAAAUUGAAUUUGGAUUCCAACAAGCUUACCAACAUCUCACAGGAAACUGUCAAUGCGUGGAUAUCAUUAAUAUCCAUCACCUUGUCCGGAAACAUGUGGGAGUGCAGUCGGAGCAUUUGUCCUCUAUUUUAUUGGCUCAAGAAUUUUAAAGGAAAUAAGGAAAGCACCAUGAUAUGUGCAGGACCUAAGCAUAUCCAGGGUGAAAAGGUUAGUGAUGCAGUGGAAACAUAUAAUAUCUGCUCUGAAGUCCAGGUGGUCAACACAGAAAGAUCACACCUGGUGCCCCAAACUCCCCAGAAGCCUCUGAUUAUCCCUAAACCUACAAUCUCCAAACCAGACCCCAUCCAGCCCACCUUUGAAGCACCAAGCCCUUCCCCAGGGUUUCAGAUUCCUGGCACAGAGCAAGAAUAUGAGCAUGUUUCAUUUCACAAAAUUAUUGCAGGGAGCGUGGCUCUCUUCCUCUCGGUGGCCAUGAUCCUCUUGGUCAUCUAUGUGUCUUGGAAACGCUACCCAGCCAGCAUGAAACAACUUCAGCAACACUCUCUUAUGAAGAGGCGGCGGAAAAAGGCCAGAGAGUCUGAAAGGCAAAUGAAUUCCCCUUUACAGGAGUAUUAUGUGGACUAUAAGCCUACAAACUCUGAGACCAUGGAUAUAUCCGUUAAUGGAUCUGGGCCCUGCACAUAUACCAUCUCUGGCUCCAGGGAAUGUGAGGUAUGAACCAUGAUCCUCCUAAAAGCAUUUCUACUGCGGGGAAGGAGAGGUAAAUGUUUGAAGCUCUAGAGGUGUCUCUAAUCCCUAGAAAGAUUAAUGACCCUUUUGCUUUUGGGUUUUGCUCAGUGUGAAAGGUUACUUAAUUAAAUUACAACCACCAGGAAAUUGACUGCUUUUUUUUAAUGGUUGAAACUUGAAGGAAGUUCAUUCAAGGAUGAGAUUAAGUUGGAAUAAAGCACUAUGUUAAAACAUCUGUUUUUUAACAGUUUGUAUGCAAGGGUUGGACUCACAAACACACACACAAACAAAACUCUUUUCAUUCUGAAAUUUAUGUCUGGUUCUUGUUGUUUGACUUUUGUAAUGGCAUAAAGAAGGAGGGGCCAGCUUAAUUUAAAAACAAAGUGAUUUUACCAAAAUUCUAGGAGGUAACGAAGAUUUAAACCAAAGAGCAAUUUACCCAAGGGUUGAUUUUGUUGUAAAUUUUUAGUUUUAAUCAAAGCAUGCAACAGGGAUCUCACAGGGAAAACUGUUUUCUUGUUACUUGGCAUUUAGUUAUUAUACCAGCAUAGAGAAUGUCAGAGGCCUACUGUGUAAUUAGUGAUAUUAGGCUUUUAAAGGUGUCUUUCUUUUUUUCCUUCCUUCCCUGUUUUCUUCCUUCUUUCCUUCCUUCCUUCCUUUCAUUUUUUCCUUCUCUCCUUCCCUCCCUUUUUUCUUUUUUUUAACUGGACGUAGAUCAUUUUUCAAAGGUUUUCUUAAGUGCUGGCUAUUUGUAUGUAAUCAGAAUGAAACUUAAAUUCCAUGUUUUGGCUUUGUCCCUGGUAACUAAAAUCAGGUCGUGAUGUUGUGGAUGAUUUAGCAAUAACAUAAUGACAGGCAUAACAGGGACUGUUUGUCAGUGUUGCUGUCAUCCCCAAAAGAAAUAAUAUAUGUUCUUGUUAAACUUACUGAUGCAAAUAUUUAUAAAUAAGAAGAGAGAGAUUUGAUUCUGGGUAUUCUCUCUUUCUGUGACAUUAGCCUCAAAUGAAGGCAUUUCAUGUUGUGCUAUUUUCAUUUUCAUGAGAGUAAAUUUGGACCCAGUUUCUGAUUAUUUAAUUUUAGAGAUCACUUAUAGGAUCAUGUUUAUGAAUAGAAAAAUAGUCACAGAUUUCCGACUUGUAAUAAGUAAUAUUGGAUGCAAAUUAUUCUUUUUUUUGGUAAAGUUGAUCAAAAAGUGCCAAGACUGUGACUGCCAAGACCUUGUGGCUGGAAUAAACUAGAGAAGAGAGAUUAAGUUCUGGCACUGUGUCGUCUUAGUACCGAUUUUAGAUGAUUACUUUUUCAAAAGAGAGUUUUAAUGAGUAUUUAAAGACUUUGCCUUGUUUAAUACUAGUUAUAACAGUUGGAAAAUAUAAUUUGCUCUUUGAUAAUAUAUACUCAGAUCUUUCCAUAGUUCUAAAUGCAGAUGCUAAUGAAAAUGUUUUCAGACAAAGCACUGAGUUUGAAAUAAUCUCCAACUCAGUAUAAUUUGGAAUAUUGGGCUAUUCUUUACAGAGUUCAUUUUCUCUUUUUUGUGUACAAUUGAAAAUAAGAGAAGUAAUCCCAGAUAGUAAAUCCCUAAAAGAAACCUGUAUAAGCAAUUGCCUUUAAAAAUU